AUGGUUCUGAAAAGAAAGCAAUCUUCUGGAUGUCAAAAUAGGAAGAAAAAGAAAAAGAGAUUGGAAUCUACUAAAUCUCUAGUAGGUUCUUUUGAUAAGUUUUUGAUUAGGAAUCAACCAGCAAUUGAGAAUAAGGGCGAUGAGGAUAAUGCUACAGAUGAUAAUGGUAAGAAUGAGGGGAAUGGGGAUGAUGGUGCUGCUGAUAAUGGUUUAAAUGAGGGGAAUGGGGAUGAUGGUGCUGCUGAUAAUAGUAUGAAUGAGGGGAAUGGAGAUGAUGGUGUUGCUGAUAAUGGUAUGAAUGAGGGCAAUGAGAAUGAGGGUGAUGCUGAUAAUAGUAUGAAUGAGGGAAAUGUGAAUGAUGGUGAUGCUGAUAAUGGUAUGAAUGAUAUCAAUGAGAAUGAUAGAAGGGGGGAUAAUGUCAACAAGACGGUAGGAACGAAUGAAGUUGGUAAUUAUUGUGAAGAGUUAAGCCAUAUAGAUAUGUUUGAUCCGGCUAAUUGGAAUACAAUUGAUAAAAAGCUUGUUGAUUUUUUGGUAGAGAAGGGUCUAGUGAGAAUUGAUAAUAUCAAGUUCCCUAGAGAUUCCAAGGGCGAUCAUUUCUCUAGCACUUAUUACUUUCGGAGAAUGAGCAAUUUUGAGAAACAAGAAAGGAGAUGGCUAGUGUAUUCGACAUCUUUGGAUAAGGUAUUCUGUUUUUGUUGUAAAUUGUUUAAGAAGAGGGAAACUAAUUAUCAGUUGUGUGAAAGUGGGUUCAAUGAUUGGAAUAACCUAAGUGGAAGACUUAGUACUCAUGAAAACAGUGGAGAGCAUGCUGUUUGUAUGUUUAAUUGGCUUGAGUUGGAAUUACGAUUGAGAAAGGAAAAAACCAUUGAUAAGAGAAUACAAGAACAGAUCAAUAGAGAGAAGAUACAUUAUAAAGAUGUUUUGGAGAGGAUGAUGGACGACAUCUUGUUCCUAGCGAAGAAUGGUUUAGCAUUUCGUGGGGAUAGUGAGAAAAUUUAUACAAAAAAUAAUGGAAACUUCUUAAGUUUCAUAGAGGUACUUGCAAAAUAUGAUCCCGUGUUAAAGUAUCACUUGGAGAGUAUCGAAAAGAAUGAAAUGCGGUAUCAUUAUCUUAGCCACAAAAUUCAGAAUGAACUGAUUUCAAUGCUUGCUGAUGAGACGCGAAAGCUUAUUCUGAAAAAAAUCCACGAGGCGAAAUACUUCUCAAUUAUUCUUGAUUGUACUCCGGAUGUUUCUCGCAGGGAACAAAUGUCCAUUAUAAUCAGAUGCGUAGAUGUUUAA